ACCUCCCUCACCAACAUGCCUGCAGGGAGGAGGUUCCUGCUGACCACAUUAAGGAGGAGCAGGAGGAGCUGUGCUCCAGUCAGCAGGGAGAGCAGCUUGUAGUGAAGCAGGAGGAGGAUGCCUUUAUGUUGAUUUCUCCUUAUGAGGAAAGUGAGCGCUGUGAAGAUGAGGACGCUCUCAGUGACGCAGACAACGAGUCUGAAGUCAAAAUACGAGUUAUAAACUCUGAGAUAUCAGAAGCAAACAGCGGCCACCAGCUCCUCUCUGACAGCUCUCCUGUAGCUGAGAGACAAAAUCAGACAGGAGGCGAGUGUGGAGACAAACAAUCAACGAGAAAUAAAGAGCUUCAAAGACUUCAUGAAAACAAUAUUCACAGUGACGAUAUAUACGACUCUACCACGUCAGACAGUCACUGUGAUACUCACACAGGUAAAAAGUCUUUCAAAUGUGGCACAUGUGGGAAAGUUUUCAAGUUUAAGUCCCAAUUGUUUGUCCACAUGAGAGUCCACACAGGGGAGAAGCCGUAUUCCUGUAACGUCUGUGGAAAAAAGUUCAGUGAUAAAUCAGUCGUGAACACUCACGAAAAAAUCCACACGGGCGAGAAGCCGUUUACGUGCAAAACUUGUGGGAAAGAGUUCCUUUAUUACAGCGGCUUGCUGUAUCAUAUAAAAACCCACACAGGUGAGAAGCCACACGCGUGUGAAACAUGCGGGAAGGCUUUCAGGUCGAGCAGUAACUUGAAAGUCCACAUGCGAAUCCACACGGGUGAGAAGCCGUACGUCUGCAAGGUCUGCGGGUUAAGUUUCUGUGACAUGUCCACUCUGACGAGGCACGAAAGAGUCCACACCGGCGAGAAACCACAUGCUUGUGAUGUCUGCGGGCAAAGAUUUAGUCAGAUAUCAGUACUGCAGGCUCAUUUAAGAAUCCACACGGGCGAGAAGCCGUUCACGUGCACAACAUGUGGGAAAGCUUUCGGACGUAAAGGUCAGCUGACAGUCCACAUGAGAACCCACACAGGCGAGAAACCUUAAUUUAGCAAGAUCUGCUGGAGAAGAUGCUUUAAUGCAGGGAUCCUCAACUUACAGCCAAGGGGCCAAAUCUGGCCCCUGACAGGUGCAGGGUGGCCCCCCAAUCAUUUUCUAACUCAC